AUGUCUGGAAUCCUUGGUGAAGCCUUUACGCCGUGCCCAUCGAAACCGAGAUCUUCUGGGGGCAGCAACCGGAGCUGGGCUGAGACACUGGACAGUUUCCUGGAUGAUAGUACAGCAUUUGAGACAACCGAACAAAUCGAAUUUACCACUGAGAUACAAGCCCCCACCUUGACUGCUGUCAGGCCUCGUCGUUCCAAUAGAGCAGGAUCGGGGUUUCAUAUCCAUGAUGAUGGGGCAGAGAAGCCAACAUGGCCUGCGGAGAAGCGACAACGGUCAGAUGAAGUAACGAAACAAGGUGCUGAGCGUAAAGCAUCACUGCUAGCUCAACCUGCUCAAAGAUUCCGCGCCAAGCCCAACUUUGCUCCUAAUUCACCUCUCGCUGAGGAAAAAGAGAAUGAAGUACAUCACACCUCCGGACGACUGGAGAAUAACCCCAAGAAGAAACCACGUGCACUUGGAUCAAAUGAAUGUGUCUCAGAUCCAGGCCCGCAAAAGAACAUGGAAAGAAACACUGUCUACGUUCCCCCGGAUGAGAUGGCUGCUUCAAGUGUAUUCAUGGGACUGUUCAGUCCUUUGAAGAACGACAAACACAAGACCCUACCUCAAGCGACUGAAAGCACCCAGCUCAACACUAGAGAGAUGACCAGAAAACAGCAAGCUCCUAAGUCUCUGUCUGCAAAUGCGCGUCGAGCUCCACUGCAACCCAGUGCCAUAAUUUCCCAGGAAGCUGCUUUCAGAGUUGACGUAGUUGGCAAAAACGGCGGCAAAGAAAACAUUCCGCCUGGCGGGCUCAUGGAACUUGGCAAAAAGGAGGAUUCGCAACGCACAAAGUCUUUCAACAACAGGGCCUCUAGAAAUGUGCCAGAGAAACCCCCUCUUCGAACCGCCACAUGCCACUUGAAGAGCUCAAGAUCGCGGGAAGCCUCUACAGCGACCAAGCCAACUCUGGCUAAGCGUGGCGUACUUGGGGACAAGACGAAUCACACUAAAUCUUCGCCAGCAUGUAAGGGCCCGAUUCAAAACAAUAAAAAUGCGUUGAAAGUGUCAACUGCACAGGUCCCAAGUGCCUCGCUUAGUGCUCGUGCAUCAGCAUUGGCAAAUCGCACUGGCCAUUCUGGACCAAGUCGUGGCUCAACUUCCCAACGUUCAGCCGCUAAGCUGAAACCGAGGACCCUUGAUUCUCAGUAUCCAAAGUUGACUGAGGGCAUCAAGAACCCUGUACUUUAUGAAGAUGAUUGGCUUUCGCAUCAAGAGACUGUCAUUUCUCAGCUGGUCAAUGCCCUGUUCGAACAUUCAAACGGCAGCUCCGAUUUUUCUGAUCAUAAUACCCUUCGAUUGGAAUGCCUCGAGAUCUAUCACACUGACUAUUUCAUUGAACUGUACAAAAAGCUCCAGGCCUCUCUGUCAUGUGGCGUUAUGAGUAUGCCUCAGCAUGUCCUUUCCCGUAGCUACUGCCUCAAACAAGACGUUGGUCUUCGUCGCAAGUUCCUUGACAUUUGGGUCAAGUCAUACAAUGUUCAUGCGUUGGCGGCUGCCGCAGAAACCGUUAUUGGCCGGAAGGUCUUCAAUGAUCAUGACCUGUUCGAGGAUAGUCCCAAGAGUGACAACCAUGUGCAACCCGCCAAAUCGACCAUUAAAAAACUGGAAGGUUUCUUGGACACUUUCCUGUUGCGGAACGAUGAUAGCAACCAAUCUGUUACCUGUGCAUAUCAACGUACAGUCCUGCGAAGCAUCAUGCUGAUUGCUCUAAUAGAUAGAGCGAAGCAGUCUUUGGGUUCUAGCCUUCCUCGUCAGCUUUUUCUACCAUCAUCUCUGUUCAAGUCUUCGGUGGGUGUCUUACAAGCACUGGCGCGCGUCUUGCUACCAUCAUGUGGUGACAUCGUGAAGCCAGUAAGUCAUCUUGGCUGCUCUCUAUCUUACAAGCAGCAUGAACUACAAGAGUACAAUUACCAGAUGGCAAAUAUUGCUGUGGACUUGAGAGAUGGUGUUCGUUUGACCAGAAUUGUGGAAAUACUCUUCUACACAUCUAAGGGCGCACGAUCAACUGGCGGGGAUCAGACUGAACUCACAUUGAAGACUGGUGAGGUCUUCUCUCUCCUCGGUGAUAAUGCAGAUGUGCCGCUUUCGAAACAUCUGAAGUAUCCUUGCGUCAGCCGAGCAUCGAAGAUAUUCAAUGUCCAGAUCGCUUUGUCCGCGUUGGAGUCGGUCAAAGGAUCUAAUGUGGUUCUCGAUGACGUGCGGGCUGAAGAUAUUGUGGAUGGCUACCGCGAGAAGACCAUUGCCCUCUUAUGGGCUCUUGUUGGCAAUUGGGGCUUGGCUGGCCUCGUUGAUUGGGACGACGUUACUAAGGAAAUCUCGCGACUGAAGCGCAAAUGUCUUGCAAAAAUUGGAAAUGAACAAGUCAAAAGCGAAAUGUGGUUCACCGGCGAGCAAUUUGGUGACGCCAACCACCAUAUCGAGCUUCUUCAGCAUUGGGCCGGGCUUUUGGCUGGACUUCAAGGUCUCCAGUUCAACAAUAUGACGACAAGCUUUGCUGAUGGCAAGAUUUAUGGGAGUGUUGUCGACGAGUACGAGCCCUACAUCACCGGUGCUCAGAAUACACAAAAUCUGCAUGCAAAGGGACCAGUGAGCCCUAUGUCCCUCGAAUCGCGCCUUCAUCAACUGGGCUGCAGUACUCGAUUCUCACGCCUUGUUUCUCCGGGCUGCUCGGCUUCCUCACACAUCCUUGGUCGAGAGUUUACCCUGGGUGCACUCGCGUUCCUCUGUUCCAGACUUCUUUCAGCCUCUAAGCGUCCUCGAGCUGCCACAGUCCUACAGCGAGCGUGGCGAGCACGGCUAGAAAGACGAAACAUGUUGCGUCGCACCAUUGCAAAGAACUUGGCUACGCAUUGCGCAGCAGUGGUCCAGACUCGAAAUGAGCUUUUGUGGGCCACAAAUGUGAUCACCAGGUGGUGGAGACGAAUUCAAACACAAAGGAGCCAGGCAUGCGCCACACGACCCCAAGCUUUACGCAAGCCUAUCCGAAAUCCGGCCGGCCGCCACCGCUGA